AUGCACCCCAGUCGUUCAGCGUUCGUAUCAUCCAUUGCCUGCGCGGCGCUGCUGACGCUCGGCGCCCGGACGGUUCCGGCGCAGCAGGGCGCGCCGGCCGACGGCGAGUGGCGCACCUUCGGCGGAGAUCUGGGCAGCACGAAGUACUCGCCCCUGGACCAGAUCACGCGGGACAACUUCGAGCAGCUCGAGCUGCAGUGGCGCUGGCGUACGCCUGACGCCCUGCUCAGCAAGACGACCCCCCGGCGCGGGCGAGUGGCUCGCGCCGAUCGGCGAGAUCGUCGACGCACUUGA